AUGUCCAAUCCGCCUUUUACGGUCCGGGCGGUCUUUGAGUAUGCGUCGGGCCACGAUGACGACCUCAGCUUCCCAAUCGGCCAAAUCGUGACCGUCACCGCCGUGGAGGAUGACGACUGGUACUACGGUGAAUACACAGACGGCUCCGGAACCAAACAAGAGGGCAUCUUCCCCAAAAACUUCGUCGAGCGAUAUGAGCCUCCUGCGCCUCCCCGUCCAACUCGCCCUAGCAGACCAAAGAGAGAAGCCGAGCCCGCUCCUGUGGAAUCCCCCGUCGCUGUGACCGAGAGCCAGCCGCAGGCGGAGCCCGAGGUUACGGAGCAACCCGCCGUGGAGGAACAGGAACCAGUUUCCAAGCAGCCUCCUCCCCCUCAGUCCCCGCCAGCGGUCUCGAGUCCUGUCGCCGAAACUCCCUCCUCGCCCAAGCAGCCACCUCAAGCAGCUAAACCCGCUCCCACUCCUGUUCCUGUCGCGGCCCCCGCUCCUCCCCCCGUAGCCAAGUCCUCAAAGCCCCCACCCCCGGCCGUUGCAGACAAGCCCUCGGGUUCGUCUUUCAAGGAUCGCAUCGCCGCCUUCAAUCAGUCUGCUGCGGCACCAAUUGCUCCUUUCAAGCCCGGCGGUCCUCGCCAGUCGACUUCGUUCGUCAAGAAACAAUUCGUUGCUCCGCCUCCCAGCAAGGAUUCGUUCGUGGCCCCGCCGAGAGAGCCCGCUCCCAAGGUCUAUAGGAGAGAAGAGGAUCCCGAUGUAAAAGAGCAAUUAGCCCGGGAGCCUCCAGUCUCGGAGACUCGUCCGCCCCCGCCUGCUCCAGUCCCUGUGCAAGAAUCUGAAGAGGGUGCCGAAGACCAGCCGAAGCCGACCAGCCUCAAGGACCGCAUUGCUCUUCUGCAGAAGCAGCAGUUGGAACAGGCGCAGCGCCAUGCAGAGGCUGCCCAGAAGAAGGAGAAACCUAAGCCUCCCAAGAAACCGGUUGAGCAACCCUCGGAACCCGUAGAAGCCGAGGAGGAGCUCGAGGCCUCCCCCGUUGAAGCUGUUGGAACAGCCCGGGAUCCUAGUGUCGACACAUUGCGCGCCAAGGCACCUCCGGCACACCCGGCUCCUUUCUCUCCUUCGGAGGAAAUAGCCAGCGAGUCGAACGAUGCUGAUUACUCUGCUGCUGCAGACUCCGAGGAUGCAGGAGAGACGUCCACAAGCAAGGAUGAGGAUGAGGAGCGUCCUCGCCAGCAGUCUGUUCACACCAUUGAGCAGAAGGGCGGGGAGGCCGACGUUGAAAAAGAUGAGGAGGAAGAGGAGGAAGAGGAAGAGGAACUCGACCCUGAAACCAAGCGCAGGAUGGAACUUCGUGCUCGCAUGGCGAAGAUGAGCGGUGGUAUGGGUAUGAUGGGACUCUUCGGGCCUCCAGGUGGUCUGCCAGGCAUGGUUCCUCCUACAGGCGCUCGCAAGCCUAAGACUCCUGGCGAAUCUGAGAAGAAGCUUGCUGAGCCCGAACCAACGUCGCCUCGCCAUGCUCCUCCCGUGCCUUUGCCUGGAAUGAACAUCAGCGCGAAGCCUCCAGUCGAUGUGGAGGAGGAGGAGGAGGAGGAGGAGCCUCUAUCAACCCCAAUUUCUGAACAGCAUCCCGCACGAGAGGUCCCGGAUGUUGAAGACGUCGUUCAUGAAGGCGCCCCGCCGCGUCGUUCUACUGAUCGACCCCCUCCCGUCCCGCCUACUGAGCGCUCUGCUGCGGCUCCCCCAGUCCCAGAGUCCCGGGCUGUUCCACCUCCCCCAGCGCCAGUGGAAGAACCAGCGUCGCCCCCUCCAGUGCCAGGAGGUCGACCUGCUCCUCCUCCACCUCGCCCUUCAACUGGCGACGAAUCUGAUGAUGAGCUAUCUGUGCAUACAAAGAGCCUAUCUUUAGAUGAUUCUGCUCAGUCUCCUACAGUGCCUGCGCCGGCCAUCCCUGACCGUUUGGAUGCUCGCCGCUCCUCGACAUACGACUCAACACCCCCGUUAGGUCCGACCUCGAUUGCCGAAAAACGAGCGAGCCGCCCACCACCUCCCAUCCCGACUAAUCCACCCAUGCCUCCAGCACAGGGCCGUGCACCGCCUCCACCACCCCCAGGCCAACUUCGUCGGCGGUCCACGGCUGAUAGCCGUGGUAGUGUUCCCCGGCAGGCUGGUGAAGACGUUGAAGGAGAGGUCACGGAAUAUGAUGGAGAUUACGACACUGAUAUUGCGUCUGGAGUCAAGCACAAGGAUGCUCUAAGGGCUCACGAGCGGGACUCGAGUUUUGAUGAGGGAACAAUCACCGAUGACCAUUCCAUUCAGUCACCUCGAAGCCCUCAGGAAGCUCGCCUGCCUCCACCGCUCCCACCCACCGCUGCCCCUCGAGGAGUUCCACCCCCGCCACCAAGCCAACCGCCGCGAAAUGCUCGUGCUUCCAUAGAUACGCCGAGAGGACCACCUCCACUGCCGCCCACUAGGGAAGUCCCUCGUGGCGGUGCUGAGGAUGAUGAGGAAUACGAUCCUUUUAACUAUUCUGCUCCUCAACAUGGCCUGCCUUCUCCUUCUCUGCCUCCUCCCGGUGGACGCCCAGAAGCUCCACCCCCUCCUCCUCCACAGCCCGUGAACGAUGAUUACGAUGACAUGUAUGAGGCGUCUCCAGUCCAGAGUCCAUUAAACGAGCAGCCUCCCUCGAUCCAUGAAAAGCGACCUUCUCUGGCACCACCGCCCCCUCCUCAGAGCCAGGCUCCAGCCCUGCCUUCACCUUCGGCCGCACGUAGCGGGCGAGCUUCCAUGGAUUUGAUGCGUGCUCAGCGGCGAUCAAUGGACGUAUCUCGUCCCUCGAUCGAUCAGGGCUUCAUUGCCACUGACGUUGAUCUUGGGGAGACUUCCCUGUGGUGGACUCAGCCCAACACGACUCCUCCAGUUUUCCAGAACCGCAAGGAUAUUCUCUUCGAGGUUGAGGAGUCUUCUUCCACGAAACGGGGUGGCAAGACUACCGUGUCCAAGGAUGUUUAUGUUCUGUUCAUUGACUACUCGCAAACCGUGGUGACUGUCCAUUUUGAUGCAAAGAACCCUGCGGAUGUCACCCUGGAGCAGCGCCAUGAGCCUCCACCUCUCCAGCCCCGACAGGAUCAACUGGAGCAGGCACACCUUCAGAAUGGAACCCGGAUAUCGGAGUCCAUUAACGCGAUCCAAAACUCUACCGUUGGAGACGGCACUCCUUUCGGAUUGAUUCAGCACCUUCUGAACCCUCUGUCCGAUGCGCUUCUCCCUGUAGGAACCCGUGCCUACGGUGCCUUGGUCUACUCGAACUUGGCCAACGCUUCCGUUACGCAGAACGAUGAGAUCCGCGCUGGUGAUAUUGUCAGCUUCCGUAACGCUCGGUUCCAGGGUCAUCGUGGUACUAUGCACCAGAAGUACAGUGCCGAGGUGGGCAAGCCCGACCACGUCGGCAUUGUCAUUGACUGGGAUGGUACAAAGAAGAAGAUCCGAGCCUGGGAGCAGGGUCGCGAGAGCAAGAAGGUCAAGAUGGAGAGUUUCAAGCUGAAUGACCUCCGCAGUGGCGAGUGCAAGGUCUGGCGCGUGAUGCCCCGCAGCUGGGUUGGCUGGGAAUCUAGCAAAUAA